GAAAGUUUGGUUGAACAGCCUAAUUUCGUUCUUCAAGAUGAAAUUUUGGCCUCUGUUUAAACUUUUUCUAAUACAUUCUCGCUAUCUGCGGUCAUCCUCCCAAAACGGUUAUAAGAUUUGCUGAGAUUAUGAAAUUGACGCAGCAUUUUAUGAGUUUGGAAAUGGAAUCAAGUAAGGAUCCUGAGAAUCAGCUCAUGAUUGAAGGAAAUAUUGCUCAGAAUAUGAAGAUCGAUCCGGAGAGAGCUCGGUUUCCAUGUUGCAUUGUGUGGACACCUCUUCCUGUUAUUUCUUGGCUUGUUCCUUUCAUUGGUCACAUUGGUAUUGGUAGAGAGGAUGGAGUAAUCUUGGACUUUGCUGGCCCCAAUUUUGUUUGUGUGGACAACUUCACAUUUGGAGCUGUCGCACGGUAUCUUCAAAUCAACAGAGAUAAGUGUUGCAUUUCGGCUCAUAGAAGUGAAGAAGAAUUGAGGGAAGUUGAUCAUAGCAGAGAAAUUUCAACAUGGGAUGAUGCAUUGCGGAGGAGCACUCAAGAGUUCCAACACCGAGCCUACAAUCUCUUGACAUGCAAUUGUCAUUCCUUUGUGGCUAAUAAUCUGAACAGACUUGGCUUUCGCACAGGUGGAUGGAAUGUGGUGAACCUUGCAGCUCUGAUCUUUCUCAAGGGUCGGUGGGUCAGUAAAGGAGCUGUUAUCCGAACGUUCUUACCAUUUGUUGUGGUUUUCAGUAUUGGACUCGCAUUGGGGGAUACUACGUUUCUUACCUUCUUGGCAUUCUUCACUUUCUUCUUGGUUGGUUGGUUCAUUCUCGGUACUUACGUCUUCAAAAAUUUGGUUCAGUUGUAAAAUGUAACACAUUGGAUUCUGGUAGUUAAGUGAAGGUCAAUUGCUUUUCUUCGUUGUAUUUGUCCAAAUCUAUGUUAUUGUGCCGUGCAGUUCAUAUGGCGUAUUAUAUACCAUGUAGGUAGGAGGCAAAUCAUUUGAUGUAACUCACGACCGUGAAUUCUGGCAGCUUGUUUAGGCCAUUAAUGAAUAGAGUUCAUGAAAUGCUAACUAGAUAAGUGAUUAUGAUAAAUCAAAAUAUCUAAAUAAAAUCGUUUGUACAAUUUUAAAUCA